UCCCCCCUCCAGCACACAAGCUCGACAGCCUGUGUUUACUUAGCCAAGGCCUCCAGAGAGUGUGUUCCUGCAAGUAUCUACCUGUACCGGUGUUGUUGUCUGGGUUAGGGCAUGUCAUAAUCAGGGCAACAUGUGCUUUUGUUUUUUCGCCCUGCUCUCCGCACACACUCGUGCUCCAUUGGCCCCCGUUGCCCAAUCUCAUUUGGGGAAGGGUGCCGUGUUAGAUGCCGCAGAGCACAUGUCGGAGAAGGUGAGGAGUGUGUGAGCAGAGCGUAUAAGUGCAUGCUCCCAGCACACCUGGAAGGGAAUGCUGAGCCUACCUGCCUCCUAGGUUUUACGGCACUGCAGGAUUUUUUUUUUUUCUCCCCUCCAUUUUUUUCCGAGCUAUCUUUUUUUAUCUUUUUUUUUUUUUUUUUUUUUUUUGGAGAAAACCCCCCGGUCUUGGACGAUGUACUAUGUGAAGAAGAAGUCCCAAUACAGCCUUCUGAGCAGCAGCAUGGAGCCAACGCUGACCGGCCGAGCAGCCCCCGGCAGCCCCUACGGCUCCGAGCACGCGUCCAGCGUGCCCACGCCAUCGCCGUACUCGCAGCCCAACUCCACCUUCGAUGCCAUGUCGCCGGCACCUGCCAUCCCCUCCAACACGGACUACCCUGGGCCGCACAACUUCGAGGUCACCUUCCAGCAGUCCAGCACCGCCAAGUCCGCCACGUGGACGUACUCACCUCUGCUGAAGAAGCUCUACUGCCAAAUUGCCAAAACCUGUCCCAUCCAGAUCAAGCUAUCAUCCGCACCACCCCCGGGCAGCGUCAUCCGUGCCAUGCCCGUCUACAAGAAGGCGGAACACGUGACGGAGGUGGUGAAGCGCUGCCCCAAUCAUGAGCUGGGCCGCGAUUUUAACGACGGCCAGUCCGCUCCAGCCAGCCACCUCAUCCGGGUUGAGGGCAACAACCUGUCCCAGUACGUGGACGACCCAGUCACCGGCAGACAAAGCGUCUUGGUGCCGUACGAGACUCCGCAGGUGGGGACGGAGUUCACCACCAUCCUCUACAACUUCAUGUGCAACAGCAGUUGCGUGGGAGGGAUGAACCGCCGACCCAUCCUCAUCAUCAUCACGCUGGAGACACGAGACGGACAGGUGUUGGGCCGGAGGUCCUUCGAGGGUCGGAUUUGCGCGUGUCCGGGGCGGGACCGCAAGGCUGACGAGGACCACUUCCGGGAGCAGCAGGCCCUGAAUGACAGUGUAGCCAAGAACGGCAACGCCAAUAAACGUACUUUCAAACAGAGCCCUCCAAACAUCCCCGGACCUGCGAUCAACAUCAAGAAGAGGCGGCACGGAGAAGAGGAGAUUUACUAUAUUCCUGUGCGAGGCCGGGAGAACUUCGACAUCCUCAUGAAGAUCAAGGACAGCCUGGAGCUGGUGGAGCUCGUCCCUCAGCAGCUGGUGGACUCGUACCGGCAGCAACAGCAGCAGCUCCUGCAGAGACAGAGCCAUGUUCCCUCCCCCUCCUCCUAUGGCUCCCCCAUGGGUGGCAUGAGUAAAAUCCAUGGGGGCAUGAGCAAGCUGCCUUCCGUCAACCAGCUGGUGGGGCAGCAGUCUCAGCAGAGCCCGGGGCCCAUGCCGGGCCUGUCGCAUAUGGGUUCCAACAUGGUCAACAGCCACCACAUGCAGGCCAACGGCGACAUGAACGGAGGCCAUUCCUCCCAGCCCAUGGCAUCCGCGUCCCACUGCACCCCGCCCCCUCCGUAUAACCCUGACCCAAGCCUCGUCAGUUUUUUAACCAGCCUUGGAUGCCAAAACUGCAUUGACUACUUCACGUCCCAAGGCCUACAGAGUGUGUACCACCUCCAGACCCUGUCCAUGGAGGAUCUGGGUGCCCUGAAGAUCCCGGAGCAGUUCCGCCUGGCCAUCUGGCGGGGCCUGCAGGAUAUGAAGCAGGGCCACGACUACGGGCAGCAGCUCAUCCGCUCCAGCAGCAACACGGCCACCAUGGCCAUCGGGCCGUCGGGCGAGCUGCAGCGGCAGCGCGUCAUGGAGGCCGUGCACUUCCGCGUACGCCACACCAUCACCAUUCCCAACCGGGGCGGCCCCGGUGCCGCCGAGGACUGGGCCGACUUCGGCUUUGACAUGCCGGACUGUAAAGCGCGCAAGCACUCCAUCAAGGAGGAGUUCACGGAGAGUGAUGUCCACUAAGCCCUUUUUUAGCAUACUUAACCACGUUUAUACCACUUAUUUAAGGACUGAAAGGAUUCAGAAAAAAAAUGGGGGACCGUCCGUGCACACGGUUGACAUGUACGUUAAGCCUGGACGCAAGAACCGUCGUUAUUUUUCAUUUCCCUCCACAAGGGUUUUUUUCCUUUAAUAAAGCACUUCCAUAUUUGGACUUUUUAAAUAAUUCUAGUCCCAUGUGCUUACAUUCAUUCCCUCCCUUGUGCUCUGUCAAGUGCUUCACGCUUUCUGAAGGCACCUGCCGUGAAUAUGGAAAAGCGUUUUCCUUAACUCUCCCUGCCAGGGGUUGUUUUCGGUCCAUGGCUCCAUCUAUUUGAGACUGGAACGCGUUCCCCGACAGGACGGCGGGAGGAGAAAGUUCCAAAGCACGUUCAUGAAUCCUCUCAGGUGUGGUUCAACCACAAUCCUGAACUCUGAAGCUUCUCUGACACCUCUUGCGUCAGCAGGAGGACCACAGUGCGUUGACGAGCUCCUCCCAUGCGUGGCGUAGUCGUUUAGUUCCUCUCCUGUUAAAAAAAAAAAAAAAAAGAAAAAAAUCUGUAAAAUGAUGCAUCAAACCUCCUCCUAGCGUCAUCACACUUUACCCUUCGUAUAACCUUCUGAGACCUAGCCAUUCAUUUUCGUCCACUGUAGGGGACAUUGGUUUUUUUAAGCACAUCUCCCAAGGUGUAAAUGGUAUAAUGUUGACUCCUGACGCAUUUUAUAGAGGACAUUCUGUGCUUUUAAACCGUACUACAUUUGGGGGUGGGGCUUGAGUAACUUCCUGGAAAGCGUACAAACAACAUUCAAAAACUUUUUUUUUGCUGGGUCUCAGGAGUACGUAUGAUCUAAUUUAUUUAACAAACUGCCACAGUUGAGAUGGAGAAAUGUAUUCCUAAAACAAAUUGUCACCUAUUCCCUACCUUUCUCAGUGUGUAUGUGUUAGAUAUAUAUACAUACAUGUGUAUGGUUUUUCCCCAUUUGAGAGAAAGUGUUCUUUUGUAUGUUUAAAUGUAUUAUGUUGGAGCUCAGUCUGAGGACAAAUGAGUGUUUUCUUAAAGUUGGUUUUGCAUGUAUGAUCAUGUAGAUGUUUAAUGUGUCCAGUAACCUGUUAAAUCUGCGUUGGCAUUUCGUUAUGGGAAUGCCCUUUGACAUUCGAGCAUCAUUCGGUCUGGUUCUGGAGCAUAGCAGUUCUGGCACAAGGUAAAUUGGCUCCAGGUGUUGUGUGUGUGAUCUUAUUACCUGAUGGAAUCAGAACUAGUAAGGAUGACAAAGGGAUGAACCGCCUGGACACGCUGUUAGACUGAAACGUAAGGAUUAAAUGCAGUAUUAUUGUUUUUAGACAAAACUUAUUACUCAAACAACCUUAAAAACAAUUGGUAUUGGUCAAUACAGAACACUCUGUAUUAUAUUAUUGUAAUAUACAUCAAUACAAAUUAUAAAUGUACUUCUGUUCACGUGGCUGAGAAACUGAUGUAAUUUGCUUCCUUUUGUAACGUGCCGAAUGAACGUGUUUUAAUGUCAUGGGAACCAGAAUGUUAUUCAGGACUCUGGCCUGUUUAUGCGGAAGUAAACAGCAGGUGGCGUGAUGCUUAAAGUUAUUGCCUUGUAACUGAAAGACCCAGGUUUGAAAUCAUGCUCCUACUGCAGUACCCUUGAUCAAGUAAAUAUUAUCCCACUGUAUAAAUGGUAAAUGACUGUAAAUAGUUUGGUGUGGAAACCAAGCAUAAGUCCCUCAAAAGAAAAGCAUCACAUAAAAGAAUUGAGUAAAACUGGAUUCUAAUCAGGAUUUAGGAAACACUGCAGUUCUGAACCUGGAGAUCAUUUUGGUUUUUUGGGAAUAAUGUGUUGACUGAAAGGUGACAAAACAUUUAAUCAGUGUGGUAUAUAACUCUGAUGAAAUGUCCCAGGUGAACAGACACUGAAUUCAAUGAGUUUUCUCUCUUUUUGUCAGGACAGUGGUUACAUAUUAGCAUUUUGAUAAAACUGAGGUAUUCCCCCCCCCCCUCCAGUCCACCACAUUAUAAGCCAUCCUGCAUUUUUCUUUGCAUGUUGCAGCUGGAAAACAAGAGAGGAGAGUCUUUUUUCCUUGUGUUUUUUAUUCUCCGAAGAAAUGCGUUUAAAAGAAAUAUGGAUUAAGUGUGAGCUGGCAGUGUGAAUGAAGCACAGGUGUUCAUGUAUGAAAAGUUGUGGAUAUGUGUUCGUUUUGAUACUUCCAUGCAUAGCUAACAUCGUACUGCAUUGUUUUUAUGGUGUAUUAAACUUCCUUGCAGGGCAAGGUUCCAUAUUUAUCUCUCAAUUAUACCCCAACGGAAACCCACUGAGUGUUGAAUCUUUUCUUUUGACUCUCGUCAAUCAUCCUUUCACUUCUGAU